UAAUUCCCUCACCUGCCCAUCUAACCAAAACAUGCAAAUAUUAACUCCGUCCCUUCCCAUUCGCCUUUAAAUAUUCAAACCCAACCGUGGAAGGAACCUACUAACUCUCUCUUUUCUCACAAUGGCACUUUCUUCAACAAAACCAAACCCCACUCUCACAUUCAUUUUUUCAACCUUUGUGUUAUGCAGUACAACAUUACUGUGUUGUGCUAGUGUUCCAACCAAAACAGAAGCUGGAUUUGAGUUUCUUAAGGUUGCUCCAUCGGAGUUUGUUGGGUCAGUGAAUGAUGUGGUUGAUAUUUUGCAACAGGUUACAAGUAUUCUUUCGCAAUUUGGUGGUGAUGGGUUUGGUGAUUCGCGUUUAUCAAAUGCUGUUUCUGAUUGUAUUGAUUUGCUUGACCUUUCAUCUGAUGCUCUUACUUGGUCUGUUUCUGCUACUCAGAACCCCCAAGGUAAGCAUAAUAGUACAGGAAACGUGAGCUCUGAUGUAAGAACAUGGCUAAGUGCCGCACUUGCAAAUCCAGAGACCUGCCAAAACGGAUUCGAAGGUACAAAUGGCAUUGCAAGCACUUUAGUCUCCACUGGCCUAGGCCAAAUGAUGUCACUUCUCACAGAGCUUCUCACACAAGUGAACCCUAACUCCGAUAGCUUCGCAACAAAGCAAGCACAAAAAGGCCAGUUUCCUGCAUGGUUCAAACGAGAAGACAGAAAGCUCUUGAUGGCAAAUGGUGUGGCUGUUGACGUAGUGGUUGCUAAGGACGGUAGCGGCAAUUUUACGACGGUGAUGGAUGCGGUGCAUGCAGCUCCUGAUUAUAGCAUAAAACGGUUUGUGAUUUAUGUGAAGAGAGGGGUUUAUGUUGAGAAUGUUGAAAUAAAGAAGAAGAAAUGGAAUCUUAUGAUGGUUGGAGAUGGUAUGAAUGCGACGGUUAUUUCGGGUAAUCGGAGCUUCGUCGACGGGUGGACCACGUUCAGAUCAGCUACCUUUGCUGUGAGUGGCAGAGGAUUUAUAGCAAGAGACAUCAGUUUUCAAAACACUGCAGGACCUGAGAAGCACCAAGCAGUGGCAUUAAGAUCCGACUCCGACCUUUCCGUAUUUUAUCGAUGCGGAAUUUUUGGUUACCAAGAUAGUCUCUAUACUCACACAAUGCGUCAAUUCUAUCGCGAAUGCAAAAUCAGCGGCACCGUGGAUUUCAUCUUUGGCGACGCCACGACAGUUUUUCAAAACUGUCAAAUACUAGUCAAGAAAGGCUUACCAAAUCAGAAAAACACCAUCACUGCUCAAGGACGAAAAGAUCCCAAUGAGCCAACCGGUUUCUCAAUCCAGUUCUGCAACAUCACUGCUGAUACCGAUCUUCUUCCUUUGAUUAACUCCACCUGGACGUAUCUUGGAAGACCCUGGAAACAAUAUUCGAGAACAGUUUUCAUGCAAUCUCAUAUAAGUGAUGUGUUGCGGCCGGAAGGGUGGCUAGAAUGGAAUGGAGAUUUCGCGUUGGAUACAUUAUACUAUGCGGAGUACAUGAAUUAUGGUCUCGGAGCCGGAUUGAAUAAACGAGUUAAAUGGCCGGGAUAUCAUAUUAUAAAUGAUUCAAGUCAUGCUAAUAACUUCACAGUAACACAAUUUCUUGAAGGGAAUCUAUGGUUGCCUACAACAGGUGUGUCCUUUACUGCUGGACUAGAAGUUUGAGACAUUGCAAAAAACUUUGGUUGUUCAAGUGGUUCUUUAAGGUUGGUAGAAUGGGAAAAAUAUGAUGAGUGAUGUGUUAUUGUUAUUUGAUUAGUUUGUACUUGUUAUUUAAGAUACUAUAUAUACUUGUGAUUUAGGAGUUAGGGUGUUUCUAAAUUUUGGAUAAAUUUUAUUACUGUAAUGUUGAAAACUUGAGAUACAACUUGAAUCAAGUUUUAAGUAGAGUGUAAUUAGUGUUAUAUACUUGGUUGAAUUCAACAUGAAGAGAAUAUAUUUGUGAUUUGCUCA